AUGGAUCCCGUACACAUCCCAGGUGCCUGGCAAUAUGGAUGGAUAAGCAAAGAAAAUAUAUCAUUUGAAGCAGAAGAACAAGAUAAAAUGCAAGAAUGCAGCAAUAUAGAGGAACAUUUGGAGGAAGUGAAUGCACGUCUAAAAGCCCUUUCAAAUACAGAUGAAAUAGAACAAUGGAUCGAAUCAUUGGAAAAAGAACUGGAGAUUCUUGAGGAAGAAGAAAAAAAAACAAUAUCAGAGACUAUAUAUGCAAAGGAAAACAUACAGGAAGAUAGAAAGAAACUUGAGAGAUAUAGAAAGGCCAUUGAGGAGUGUAUAAAGGAAGAAAGAAAAGAAGGGAAGAUUGGGGAAAUUUUUUUGGAAAAAGAAGGGGAAAUAGGAAGCAAAAAGGACAGAGAAGAACAAAGAAAAACAGAGAACCAAGAAACAGCAUUUUUUAUGCGAUUAUAUGCGUCAAUAAAGCUUUUAUGGCGUCUUGAGGACGCUAAAGGAUGUUUAACGACGUUAAUAGGCCUAGAAAAGCGAAGCGAUGAAGUAAAGAAAUAUCUUGAAACAGACGAAAAAAGGGCAUUAAAAGUAUACCAGGAACUGAUUGAGUGGAAAAAUGAUACUAAAAAGAGCUAUAAAGGAAGAGAGCAAGGUUUGACGCAUGUAGAAGCAUUUAUCCGGACGAAAAUACAUGAUUUAUGGGGAGAAAUGGAAAAAAGGCUCUGCAGAGAUUUCCGUGGGCAUUUGGAAAAAAUAGGAUGGCCAGAUAAAAUCAAAAAAGGCAUUGUGCCGGAUCCCAACUGUUUUCAACGCUUUCGGAUGAGUUUUCAGACAUUAUUGACGCAGCAUCAAGAAGAUAAAGACAAACGCAUUAUGUGUGCAAACGUAAAGCAUCAGGAUAUUCUAUUACCAUUUCUUAUUAUGUCUGAUCCACUGAAUGUCCAAUUUCGAUACCAUUUCAUGGAAAAACGAAAAACAAAUAGAAUUGAUAAGCCAGAAUGGUUCUAUACAUAUAUAUUGGAUACUAUAUCAUCAUUUGCCGAUUUUUUUUGUAUUGAAAUACAAAAUAUUAUUAACGAAACAACAGAAAAUGAUAGAAAUUCUCUCAAUGAAUUCAUUACUUGUUUAUUAAAAAUUCUAGAAGAAAAAAUCCAAGAAUCUUUAGAAUUUCUCUUAAUGGACGUACACCUAUUUUCGCAUUUUGUUCAUGAAACAAUAAAGUUUGAUAAUGUUUUGGAACAUGAUUUCGGUUAUUUCCCACACAAGAGCCAAUGGGAUGGAAUUGUUAAUAUAGUCCUGGGGAAACCAGAAACCUUUACAGCAUGGGUUGAACUUGAAAAGAAGUUUUCAAUCGAACAAUUUCAAAAUAUCAUAGAUCUAACAAUAUCACCUGAUGCGUGGAAUUUAGAUUAUGAUAGUGUAGAUGAAUCAGAAACGAAACCUACAGUUUCCUCACUUAGAAUCAAAAACCUCAUAGAAGGAAUUACAGAACAAUAUCAUUCUUUAAAAGAUUUUGAUCAAAAAUCAAUAUUUUUUACGGAAAUCCAAAGCCAUAUUUUACAUAGUUAUUAUGAACGACUAAAGUCUGCAACUGAUGCAUUUGAAGUGACUUUUUCACGAAUUAUCAAGGCAGUAUCCAUGACAAAAACGGAUGAAAUAAUUCAUGGAGCAAAAGGAUUAGAAACACUAUGUAGGAUAUAUGGUAGUUGUAUUUUUAUAGAGUCAUGUUUAUUUGAUUGGGAUGACGAUAUUUUCUUUCUUGAAUUAUGGCAAGGCUUCAUAUCCAAUACUAAAGAAAAUAAAAUAGUUCAUAGAAAUACUGAUCUUGGAAAUGCAAAUAUUCUACAAGAACCCAACCAGGGUAGCUUAUUUAGUGAAGUCUCGUCUUUAUACUUUAAUCUUCAUAAUCGUAUUGAAAAACUAAUAAUUCGACAUCUUGAACGUGAAAUAAAAGAAGAAUUGCGACCAUAUUUCAAAAUUAAUACAUGGUCUUCUUCUGAAUGUCCAUCAUCAUCAAUGGCUAUGUCUUGUCCCGUUUCAAUUCAAAUGGUCGAUGUAUUAACACUCACGGACUCUAUGUUAAAUUUUCUAAAAAAAGCGCUUUCUUAUUUGACAUUUCUUCGAAUUUAUAAACAAUUCUCAUUAAAUAUUGAAAAUCUCCUAUGGAACAAGGUAAUAUUAAAAAAUACAUUUUCCGCAAGAGGUGGAACACAGUUUACCAGAGAUAUAUGGGAACUCUGGACCACAUGUAGCAAAUAUGUUGAAAAACCAGAGCAAAAUAUGAAAAGAUUAGAAGAUGCAUGUACCUUAUUGUCUUUGCAUUCCUCUAAUGAUAAUCACAUAAAAUCAAUAUCAAGCGUUGGUGCAAUAGUUUUCGAUUUAUAUAAAAGCCCUGAGGAGAAAACACAAUAUCUUAAAGAGAUUGGCGUCAAAUGCAUUAACAUUGCAGAAACGAGAAAUAUCCUUCAAAGAAGAAUCGAUUGUUGGGCACAAUAACUUCAAAAAUCCAU